AUGAAUCAAUCAGAUCCUAAAAUAUUACAAAGGAAACCUACCCUAUAUAUCCAUAGGUUUUUGCUGCACAACCAAAACCCUAAUCUUGACCCUGGUGAGAAGAAGCGGGUGAUAGUGGAAGUUGACACUGAUUCAUUUCCGCUGAUUUGUAAAUCCACUCAAUUUUCUACAUACAUACAUAUAAAAAUUGAAUUGGAGCUACACUCGCUUCAAGCGCAAGGGUGCAGUCAGUCAUCAACUUCCUGUGGACUUUUUUCCUCUGUCUCGAGAAAUUUUAAGCUGGCAGCUCGGCUUCUGGGUUUGGACUCAAAGCUUGAGAAGAGUCUGCUCAUUCCAUUUAGGGAAAUUAAGGUUGAGUGUACCAUACCAAAAGAUGAUGGCACCUUGGCAUCUUUUGUGGGGUUCAGGGUUCAGCAUGACAAUGCGAGAGGUCCAAUGAAAGGAGGAAUAAGAUACCACCCAGAGGUAGACCCAGAUGAGGUGAAUGCUUUGGCACAACUAAUGACAUGGAAGACUGCAGUAGCUAACAUACCAUAUGGGGGAGCCAAGGGAGGGAUAGGAUGUAAUCCAGGGGAUUUGAGCAUCUCUGAGUUAGAAAGACUUACUAGAGUUUUCACCCAAAAGAUACAUGAUCUGGUUGGAGUCCACACAGAUGUUCCAGCACCUGAUAUGGGAACAAAUCCACAGACAAUGGCUUGGAUCUUAGACGAAUAUUCGAAAUUUCAUGGAUAUUCACCCGCAGUGGUAACUGGAAAACCUAUUGAUCUUGGUGGUUCCCUUGGAAGAGAUGCAGCUACAGGAAGAGGUGUGCUGUUUGCAACUGAAGCCCUGCUUAAAGAGUACGGGAAGAACAUUGCCGGGAAACAUGUUGUUGUGCAGGGAUUCGGAAAUGUUGGUUCUUGGGCUGCUCAACUUAUAAGUGAGCAGGGGGGAAAGAUUGUUGCAGUAAGUGAUAUUACAGGAGCUAUAAAGAAUAGCAGUGGUCUUGACAUACCAAGCCUACUCAACCACGUCAAAGAAACCCGUGGAGUAAAAGGAUUCAGUGGUGGGGAUUCUAUUGAUCCUAAUUCUAUAUUGGUUGAGGAUUGCGACAUUCUUAUCCCAGCAGCUCUGGGAGGCGUGAUCAACAGGGAUAAUGCAAAAGAUAUCAAAGCCAAAUUUAUUAUUGAAGCAGCUAAUCAUCCAACUGAUCCCGAGGCUGAUGAGAUUUUGUCAAAGAAGGGAGUUGUCGUCCUUCCAGACAUAUAUGCAAAUUCAGGCGGUGUUACUGUUAGUUACUUUGAGUGGGUUCAGAACAUUCAAGGGUUCACGUGGGAUGAGGAUAAAGUGAAUGCAGAGCUAAAGAAAUACAUGACGAAAGGCUUCAAAGAUGUAAAAGAGAUGUGCAAGGCUCAUGAUUGUGAUUUUCGAAUGGGAGCCUUCAGCCUAGGUGUUAAUCGGGUUGCGAAGGCAACAAUUCUUAGAGGAUGGGGAGCCUGA